GUGUCUGUCUGCACGGAGCUCCCUCCCCGCUGCGCUCAGCACACACAGAGCCAGCUCUGCGCUUCCUUAUAAGGAGAUCCCGCCAGGACACAGGAAGUGCUUGUUGUCACCCAGAAUAACUUCCCCAGUCCCGGUCUCCGCUCCCUCGUGCUGUGCGGAUAGCUGUCCCGGGGGAUCCAGGAUCGCUCGCACACCGUGACCGGAGCCAGCAGUGGGCGCCAUGCAGGUGAGAGCGAGGCCGGACUGACAGCACAGCUCGCCCUCCGCCAUGGGAACCGUGAUUGUUAUUCCAUGGGCGGCUGCCUGUAUAGAGCGUAUCGGGGUGGGGAGAACGGACAUUGUGUUAUUCUUUUAUAUAAUGGGGUCCUGUCACUGUGAUCAUGUGUAAGGGGGCUGUGCUUUCUGUAAGGGGCUGCGCUUUCUGUGAGUCCCAGGUAUAUUGAGUGAUAAAUCUUACUGUUUAUCAACUGAGGGCAGAUACAGAGAAAUCUAAUUCCAGGUUUAUUUACAGUUAAUUUCCACAUAAUUAUGGGAAAUAUAAUCUAAAAGCAGAUGAAGGGCCAAAACAGAGCAUCCCCUAUUGCAGGGGUAGGCAACCUACGGCACUAGUGUCAUGCACGGCACUCGAGGUGUCUUUGCACGGCACUCAAGGCUGCUAGAGCCAAACAGGGUCUGGCCUAUCAGGAGUCUCAGUAAAACUUCAGAUAUCUGCUAAUACAAAGAGGUGGUGAAGGACAAUCCUCAAUUUAUGCAUUGCAGCACAUAGAGGAAGUGAUCUCAGAGCACUUCCUCCCAGCACUUGUGAAUGGGAAUCCACACUGUAGUAAAGCAGCUCGCAGCUCCUGUCCUUGACCUGUAUCUGGCCGGCCUGGUCCCCACUGGAACCCAGGGAAGCCACCCACACUGCUAGAUAUACACAGAAAUGCAGAAUAACCCUCCCCUCAUACAAAUAAUAUUACAGAGGGCCACACACAAACAUACACACAAUCUGCUUAAACGUAACACCACUAACAAUCCACAUAUAUUCACACAACCCCACAUGUAGCCUCUCACAUGCAAUACCCCAAACAGCCCCCACACACUACCAAACACACAAUGUGACAUAUCCAUCCACACACACAAUUCCACAAGCAGCCCCCAUACACAGACCACAUUCAUAUGUAUCAUACACAAUACCAUAAACUACUCAUGAACAUAUACAAUAUAAUAGCUCAAAUACACACAAAUACGAUACAAAGCAAUUACAGUAAAAAUAACACAAGCAGAAUAUGGCAGCAAACACACUUCAAUUUAAAAAAAAAAAAUAGGACCGGCAUGCUACGGGACAUCACAAUCCUAUAUCGGCACAGUGCUGCUAAAAGGUUGCCUACCCCUGCCCUAGGGCUAAGCUCAAUAUAACCAACAUGUCAUUCCCUAAUAACAUUACAGAGUGAUUGCAAUACAUCACAGCUCUGGGCACAUUAAAUAUUUGCCCCAAGCUGAGGAUUUUGGGUGCGGGUACCCAGUAUCUCAGAACUGCCCAUUAGGAUUGCUGUAUAUGUUUUCCUGGAAACGUGCGUUCAUGAUGUUGAUGGUAUGUGCUUGGAAAGUGCUGCCUAUUAAUACAACUUAUAUGGUGCAGGGUUCUGGGGUUGGUCCGUUACUGGGUCACCUCGGCACUAAUCCGAAAAAGAUACAGUACUUUUUUCACAGUUUUUUUUGUGAAUGGGGAGCUACUAUCAGCCUAUAAGCAGUGUCCAGUCUGAGGUUUUAUGAUUUAAGCCUCUGACUCAAACGGAAGUGGAGGGGCAGUACCAGAAGUUAAGACCGUUCGUUAAUGGUCGUUCUGGGUGCCGGGCAGGAAAAUUUUCAAUUUAUUUUCCUAUUCUUUUCCCUAACACAUGGACGGGCCAGGGAGUGUUUUUUGGUUUGAACCUCCAUUGGAUGCAAGUACAGUAAUCGCACCCUUACUGUCCUGCACUUACUAAUGAGUAUGGGGCCACUAGGAAGCAAUCACUGUGCUUUGCACCCAAAGGAGCUGCAAAACACAGGCUUUCCGGGCUGCUCUAUGUUUGACCCAGGCUGUCAUAUUGUCAGCUUGUGAGUGAGGGGGGUGGCAUUGGGCUCAGCAUCAGAAUUUCAAUCUGCUUAAUGCUGAGAUGCCCUCCCCACAUACAGACACCUGACAAACUACACACUGCAAGUAUAGUAUGAGUAAGGACAGAGGGAUAGACAAGGUGUGGCCCUCAGUAUUUCUAUUUAAAAUUAUUUUGUGGGCCAGAACAAGUCGCUUUUGACAUGGAUUGGGUUACCACUCUAGUCUCGUGGACAAGUAGAUUUCUACUACUCUGAUGAUUUAACUCCUAAAGGUAAGUUUUCACCAAGGAUCUCCAUGUACUAUAACAAAUUAAAGGUAAUCUAUAGUGUUAGCCAUACAAAGUUGUAUUCCUAACUCCAUAGUGCCCCUUGGGCCCACCCCUUCCCUCUUGCCUCUUAUGGCUCUUAAAUGGAUAAAAACUUUUAAUUUACUUACCUAAUUCUAGCUUUGACAUCAUCCGAUGGGGGUACCUAAUGCGCAUACAGAGCAUGAGGAUGUCCAGCAUCGUUUAAAGGACCACUAUAGUGCCAGGAAAACAUACUCGUUUUCCUGGCACUAUAGUGCCCUGAGGGUGCCCCCACCCUCAGGGACCCCCUCCCGCCCGGCUCUGGAAAGGGGAAAAGGGGUAAAACUUACCUUUUUCCAGCGCGGGGAGCGCCCGAUCCGCGCCGCUGAAUGCGCACGCAGCGGCAAGAGCCAUUCAGCCGCAUAGGAAAGCAUUUACAAUGCUUUCCUAUGGACGCUUGCGUGCUCUCACUGUGAAAAUUACAGUGAGAAGCACGCAAGCGCCUCUAGUGGCUGUCAAUGAGACAGCCACUAGAGGAUUAGGGGGAAGGCUUAACCCAUUCAUAAUUAUAGCAGUUUCUCUGAAACUGCUAUAAUUAUGAAAAAAUGGAUUAAGCCUAGAAGGACCUGGCACCCAGACCACUUCAUUAAGCUGAAGUGGUCUGGGUGCCUAGAGUGGUCCUUUAAGUUACUCAGAUUCUGCUAGAAUCCAGGAAGUACCUCUAGUGGCUGUCUAGUAGACUACCACUAGACUGUAUUAGUACUGCAAUAUAAACAUUGCAGUUUGAGAUACUGCAAUGUUUUACAUUGCAGGACUAAGGGGGACAGGGGCACUGCACAUAGACCACUUCAAUGAGCUCUGGGUGCCUAUAGUGUUCCUUUAAUUCUGUUUAAGUUGCUAUGGUGCCUGGAGUGUUAGUUUAAUCAGUAGCCAAAUAUCCUUGGCUUUAAUUUUAUUAAUUUUUAUUUCUUUUUACCAAUAUUAGCAAUGGGUUAUGUACAGUAAGACCGAUGUAAAUACUAAGAAGCACUAAUGGUGUGAUGCCUAAUCGAACAUUUGUAUAUUACUAUAGAAGCUACCUUUUUGAUACAAUAAUUGCAUUUUAACCUGUUUUUAAAUUUGUUCAGCAGGAGCACAACACAAUCUCUAGUAUACACUGAUUUCUCCUGGUGUAUCAUGUGCCAGUGCAUUUUGUUCUGGUCGUUAAAGCAGACCAUUACCAUGCAUCUUAUGGCUUCUCCAGUACUGUUUCCAGCUGUUUCAGCUACAAAGGUUACCUAAAACAGCUGUAUCUCUAAAAGUGACCUAGCUCUAGAUUGUAAGCAACAAGACCCCUCUCUGUUCUUGUGACUGUUGUAAACGUGCACAUUGUCUCACAUAAUGGAACCUUUUAAUGCUGUGAUCUAUUAAAAGACCACUAUAGACACCCAGACCACUUCAGCUCAAUGAAGUGAUCUGGGUGCCAGGUCCAUCUAGGGUUACCCUGCAGCAGUAAACAUAGCAGUUUAGUGGUCCUUUAAGAGUGUUUUUGUAUUUCUGUCUGCCUGUAAUUUUUUUUGUUGUUGUUUGUUUUUUGUUUUUAUUGAAGUGUCUUGAUAUCUCCAUUUCUUGCAUAGGAUCCAAAUGCCGACACAGAGUGGAAUGAUAUUUUACGUAAAAAGGGCAUCCUUCCUCCAAAAGAGACCCCAAAGGAUGAGGAGGCAGAAGAAGAAGAUGUCCUUCAGCAACAGUCAGUAGGUGAGUGACAGACAAAUGCAGGCUGGUUAUGCUGUGCAGUAGAACAAGGCUGCAGCAUUUGUUUUUUCUUACUUGACAAUGUUACAAACUUACGCCCUAUUCUAAGCGGCUCUAAACGCCGCCGGGCGUAAUAGUACGCCCUCCGGUCUUUUCCUACUUACCCGGUCGCCGGCGAUCGCUGUUCGGGGGACUCCCAGGGAGCCCACCGCGGCACCUCCGACCCCCUGGAAGCCCCCCGGCCAUGUGAGAGUGGUGUCCUUGCGAGGACCCCACAAUCACAUGGCCGGGGGUAGCUGGCUGCAGCAUUGCCAGCAGGGGGACUGCCUGUAAUGACAGGUGGUCCCCCUGCUGGCUGAAAAUAAAAUGAAAUAAAAUAAAUAGUGUAAAAAAUAAAUUAAUAAUAAUAAUAAUAAUAAUAUAUACUGUGUGUGUGUGUGUGUGUGUGUGUGUGUGUGUGUGUGUGUUAAAAAAAAUAAUUGAAAAAAUAUAUAGAUGUGUGUUAUUUUGUUCUAACUGUAUUGUGAAAUUAAUAUAUAUAAAUAAAAAUAUUUAAAAAAAAUUAUAUAGAUAUAUACAUAUAUAUUUAUGUAAUAUUUUUACAUAAUUAGGUAUCUUAAUUAAUUACAAUUAGCGGGACCUGCCUGACAACCCAUGCCGAAAGUAAAGGGAAUUUAAUUUGCUAGCAUUUAACCCUAUAACUUUCCAAGACACCAUAAAACCUGUACAUGGGGGGUACUGUUCUACUCUGGAGACUUUGCUGAACACAAAUAUUAGUGUUUCAAAACAGUAAAAUGUAUUACAACGAUGAUAUCGCCAGUAAAAGUGACGUUUUUUGCAUUUUUCACCCACAAACAGCACUUACACGGACGAUAUUAUUGCUGCGAUACUUUUUUACUGUUUUGAAACACAAAUAUUUGUGUUCAGCUAAGUCUCCCGAGUACAACAGUACCCCUCAUGUACAGGUUUUAUGGUGUUUUCAAAAGUUACAGCGUCAAAUAUAAGGCUUGCGUUUCAUUUUUUUCACAUUAAAAUUUGCUAGAUUGGUUACGUUGCCUUUGAGACCCUAUGGUAGCCCAAGAAUGAAAAUUACCCCUAUGAUGGUAUACCAUUUGCAAUAGUAGACAACCCAAGGUAUUGCAAACAGGGUAUGUCCAGUCUUUUUUAGUAGCCACUUAGUCACAAACACUGGCCAAAAUUGGCGUUUUUUGCAUUUUUCACACACAAACAAAUACUAACGCUAACUUUGGCCAGUGUUUGUGACCAAAUGGCUACUAAAAAGACUGGACAAACCCCAUUUGCAAUACCUUGGGUUGUCUACUAUUGCAAAUGGUAUGCCGUUAUGGGUGUAAAUUUCAUUCCUAGGCUACUAUACAGUCUAAGGCAACGUAACCAAUCUGGCGAAUUUCAAUUUCAAAUGUAACGUGCUAUAUUUGACCCUGUAACUUCCCAAAACGCCAUAAAACCUGUACAUAGGGGGUACUGUCUUACACAUGAAGCUUUGCUCAAUACAAAUGUAUUUUUUAUUUUAUUUUUUUUGCAGUAAAAGCAAACGGUAUUAUGACAUUGACAGUUAAAAUGUCAUGUAGAACUAAAAAAAAUUUUUUUUUUUUCAUAUUAAAUUAUGUUUCAUAGCUAAAUAUUUGAUAUUAAAUGAAAGCCCUGAAUAAAAUGAUAUAUAAUAAGGGUGGGUGCAUUUACUAUGAAAGAGGUGAAUUAAGGUUGGACAGACAUGUAGCGCAAAUGCCAGGUUUUGUUUACAUUUUGUUUUGUUCACAACGUGUACAUUUGGCUCCAUCCUUAAGGGGUUAAAACAAGUACAUUUCCAUACUCCUAUAGAAUACACACUUUGAGUCCUGCUAGGAGAAAAUGAACUGUAAACAUUGUCUUGAGCAGGUUGCACAGUAUGGGGGGAGUUGGGAAGGGGAAAAAUAUACGCAAUAAGACUAAUAAAAACAGAUCUACCUAUACAUAAUAAAAUAAUGACCCGUAGUAUCAUAGAAAGUCAAACAAAAAAGAAUAAAUGAGAAAUUCCUGUUUGUAAAAGUAUCUGCUCACAAAAAGAAGUGGGGGAGAGCUUAGAGGCAAUGUAAAAAAACAAGCUAUUUGUAAGCAUAACAAACAUUUAAAAUCCGCAUAAACGUAUGACUGCGAAAAUUUUAUUUAGUAUAAAAGUGUAAUGAAAAUGCAGUACCCACAAUGAGGGAUGCAGUACUUGAGACAAGAGGGGAGCAGGGGGAAAAUUUAAGGUAAUCAAGAUAGAACCUUAAAAACAUAUGCACAGACUGCUAAGAUGUGAUGCAAUUUCCAAGGUAAUUGGUAUGAUAAAAUGAAUAACUUUUCUAAAAGUGAAGCAAUGCUUUAAAGGUAUUUAGUGAGGUGAAGAGUAUUUCACAGUAUCAAAUGCUUUUCAAGCAUUUAUAGUCUGAUUUGCCUUCAGUUAGGCAUACUGGGCAUGCAAUCUUGUCAAACACGUGUGGCUACCAGAGUGAUAUUCUUAGAAGUAAGAAUAUAUUUCAACUGAGAAUCACUUAAAAUGGCAGCACUCCCAGAGGAGGUGAACAGAACGCCUCACUAAAAUUUAAGUAUGUAAUUACAUUCGUUGCAAACUAGUUUAACUAAGUUGUAGAAGGUAAAUUGAGUUUUCUUUUUAUUGCCAUUUGUUUAUUUUUGCUUUUGUUAUUGAUCCCUACCUUAGAAUUGUUUCUUAUAAUAUAUCCAUAAUAUUGUCAUAUCUGUUCCCGUAAUAACAUUUUCCAACUAAAUAAAGCAGACUAAAUUUGAAAUAAAAUUGUACUACUAUUAUAAUUCAAGUGUUGCUUUAAAUAAGGAGGCCACAAAGUGAUAUGAGCGACCUUAAAACUACCUUUUAUUAAGCUAUGUUUCCAUCUUUUGCUCCAGUUAAGACCUAUGAAAACAUGACACUGGAGGAGCUGGAAGAAAAUGAAGAUGACUUUAAUGAGGAAGAUGAGCAUGCCAUAGAACUAUACAGGUCUGUAACUUUUCAUUGGAAGUGCCGAGAUGUGUGUUAAAGGAACACUGUAGCUUUAGAAAUACUGGUUUGUAUUCCUAAUGCUACAGGGUCCAGUUUGUAAAAAUAAAGGUUUAACUUAACUUUUUUCUCCGGCGCUGAGACUCCCUCUGUGCCACUGACACUCCAUGUCUGCAACAUCAUCGUGGAGGCAUUGCAUCCAAUGCGUUAAUCCUAUCCAUUGUACCACAUACAGGAGCAUCAGGGACGUGAUGCACAUAUGUGGCGUCUGCGCUUCCAAUCAAAUGCUUCUCAUAGGAAAACAUUGAAUUCAAUGCUUUCCUAUGAGCUGCAUUUGGUCAUGUUUCUAAACAAAUGUAAUGGUUUUUACAUUGUAGGGUUAAAAGGACAUCAACACUUCAUAGAGGUGAAAUAAUCUUGGUAACUUUAGUAGUUAUUUUAAAUGUAUUGGUGGCAGACAAUUGCUGGGUAUGUGCUUGAUUUUAUGUUUGUACUAUACAAUUUUCUGUAUUAUGCUUUUAGUCCCCUCUGAAUGCAACCCAACAGUUUGUUUACAAAAAUUAUGGCUUUCAAUUUAUUUUUAUUUUUUUUUCAGGCGGCAACGAAUGGCUCAGUGGCAAGCAACUCAAGUGAAAAAUAAAUUUGGCGAGUUGGGAGAAAUAUCAGGACAGGAUUAUGUCAAAGAAGUGACAGAAGCAGGCAAAGGCAUUUGGGUCAUUUUGCAUCUUUAUAAGCAAGGGUAAGCUAUAUUGUUCAGAGCAAUUAGUUUUGAAAAGUCUUCUUGAAUAUUCCAGUCGAAUUAUUAGUGGGAUCCUAAUCUACGCAGAUUUCCUUCAAUUAAGAACAUUAGAAAUCAGGUAGUUACCAUUUGUACGGCAGGGUAAACACCGGUGUGUUUCAUGACAAAGUGCUAUGCAAUAGGGGUAUAUCCAUUAAACAAUGUGAAAGAUUCUGUCAUAGGCAAAUGCCAAUGAAUCCAUUGAGUGAGAGGGAAAGACAAGAAUCUGUCCCAUUCUAAAACCAGUGAUUCAUCCAUUUUGGGGUUAAUUCACGAGAGUGACAGUUGAUUGAUGUGGUAACCAGUAAAUCCUUCCGAAUUAAAGGAGCAUCCGAUAAACAAGCCUAGCAAAAAACAAUAUUAAUCCAAGAGUGCAAGGGUUGUCCAUAGUACUUAAUCCAGGACAUUGCUCAGGAUCAGCAAUGAAGUAAUCUUGAUAUUUUGUAGCGUAACUUGGGUCAAGGAACAACUCUGCUUUUGAUACCUAGAAUAAAUCCGAACUCUUGCAAAAUAUUUUGUGAGACCUAAAUCUACAAGGUGUUCCUGUGAAAGUGUUAUGCAACUUUGUCACCUUUUGGAAUGUUUCCAUGUUUUAUUAUAGUCUUUCAACAAAUUAGGCAUUUAAAGGUUCAGCGGACCUGAUUUGCAAAUGCGCUACUUGGCUGUCGCCACACUCUUUCUGGAAUCAGUUAGACAUCUAAGCUUCAUAUAGAUAAAAGAUGCUCCAAGUGGUGGUGAAAAAAUAGAACACACCCUUGAGUCAUCUUGUGACUUCCUGUCAUUGAUACUGCUUGUAUCUGCAUGAAGAAAGGGUGGAAAAAAAAGUUGUCACUGUAACCUUCUUUUUCAAAUAAGUUUUGUUGCAUGAAUUAUUAACUUUUUUUUUUCUUCUGGGGAGAUUUUGGCUUUACAGUAUUUUCUAGUUGAUGUGGGAGGAGAGAGAGAGAUCUAAUUUUUUUUUUUUUUUUUUGAUUGAGCUGCCUGCUCUCUAAGAUGCAUUUAUAAACCCAAUUUUUAUUUCCAUUAAUAAUAUAAAAAUAAAUACAUUGAGUGAGUGGGUUUUUUUUUUUUUUUUUUUUUUUUUAAAUUUUUUUUUUUUUUUUUUAAUUGUUGCCGCUUAUGGUUUUUAAGAAACAUUCUAACAACAUUGUGCCUGUAAGAAGACAAAUCUGGUCAUGUAGAUUAUUCCAAGCAUUUAACUUCACUUUGGUUAAAAUGUUUGAACAGUUUAUUUAUUACUGCAAUUGGAAAAGUAAAGACUUAUUUGAGAUUAUAGAUUCUUUCUGUACUAACUGCAUCUGUCUGGUUUUCCUCUUGGUUUCUAGAAUCCCAAUAUGUACUCUGAUCAAUCAGCACCUAGCUGUACUCGCUACAAAGUUUAAAGAUGUGAAAUUCCUAAAAGCCAUUUCUACAACUUGUAUUCCUAACUAUCCUGACAAGAAUCUGCCCACCAUAUUUGUAUACCUUGAUGGAAACAUUCAAGCUCAGUUCAUCGGGCCACUUGUAUUUGGUGGCAUGAAGCUUACCAAAGAUGGUAAGUGAAAUUAUGCUACUGUUUUAAGACUACAAAUAUAAGUAGAGGCUGCUAAACCGUAUCAACCUUCAGGAAAUUUCUCUGAUUGAAAAUACGAGGUCAUUUCUAAAAUGAAUGUCAAUAUUCCCCGUAAUCGAGAAAUUGGUUCAGAAUCAGCUGACAUUGUUGGCUGCUUCACAACACUUACGGUUCUUCUAUGUUUACAUGCACACCAACUGUUUCUCUCAAACUUUUCUUUACAGAAUUAGAGUGGAAACUUGCUGAGUCUGGUGCCGUCAAAACAGAUCUUGAGGAAAAUCCACGAAAGCAGAUUCAGGACCAGCUUAUGACUUCCAUUCGUACUUGUAUUCCCACCAGAAAAGACAGUGAUUCCGACGACGAUUGAUGUACUUUGUGUGGUUUUCCAUCCAGUGUAACUGGCCUCAGAACUCCAUGUUUCUUCUGUGUUAAUUCUGACAGACGUUGUAUUUAAACUCUUCUGAUCAGAUACCGUAGGGCCAGUUUAUUCUAUUGUGCCUAACUGGACUUCCUCACAGUUACUUUAGAGAAGUGGAGUUACUGCAGAGACCUUCAUCACAUUGUUUUUAGUGAAAAUUCAAAGUACAAAUCAGGCAAAAUCUAAGAUGCAACAUCAUGCAUUCUGGUUCAUUUUUACUCUCCACAAAAUUUUAUGCUGAUGUACAACCAUGUACUUCAUGCUUUAUAAAAUAAGUAACUUUUUGUUUUGUGUGUUUUGAUUUUUAUGUUGUGUUGUAACGUGUUAAUGUACUGAUUCAUGGUCAACAAAUAAUUUUUUAUAUUUAAAAUUAUUAGGGGUGAAAAAUCAUGUUUUUUUUUUUUUUUUUUUUUUCACACCUCACAUUAUAUUUGUAAAAUGUUACUAGCUGAAAUUGUAACUUAUGGCAAUUUCCUAUACAAAGAUCCCAUACAUAUUUUCUGUCCAUGCCUUUUACAAGAGAUGGAUUAUUUGGUUAGAAUUCAUAUCUUACGUAUAAUUUAUUUUGACUUUGGAUUUGUCAAGUGAGGUUUUCUUACUAUAACACACAUUGUUUUGUUUCAUGUAAAGGCCCUCAAAACUUGCAUUUUUCUAACAACUUGACUAAUGUAGGUAAAAGUCAAUAAAAAGACUCUGUUAGACUGUCGUAUUUGGAGAUUUAUGCACUGGAUAAUGUAAAACUGAGUAUUUUUAUAUCCUGUAGGUUUUGGUUGCCCCGCUAAUGUUAAGGCUUUGAGUUCUGCUGCCCCUCCCACUGAUUAUUCAUAAAUAGUAAGACCUAGAACCUAAUUGAAUUUGGGUUUUAAAUGGAAGAUUUACUAUAAUUCUAUUUUCUUGAAUGAAAGGAUAUUUAAAGGGAUUGCUGUGGUUAAUUUGACUAUUUGAAUAGAACCUUUUUAUAGACCUGCUAAUGUUUUGCAAGACCAGCGUUCAGCCCAUAUUAUGUGGACCACCUUGUCACCUCUGGAAUAUAUUUAAUAACAAAAACAAAUUUGGCUGUGGGGGAUGGAAAUAGAGGGAAAUUCUUACCCACCUUGGCAUUUGAGUGUGAAAUCUG